AUGGAAAAUAUCCCUUUUCCCACCGUGCCCUAUCCACGGAUGGAGCCUCCGGCCCACCGUGAGAAGAAAAUGAAAGUCCUGGCGUUAGGCAUGUCCCGCACUGGGACCAUGUCUCUUUAUGUCGCCUUAAAGGAACUAGGAUACACCUGCUACCAUAUGGCCGAAUGUAACCUCGACCAGCAGAAUGAUUCAUUGCGUCUUUGGAAUCGCGCCAUAGAUGCGAAGUUCAAUGGGAACGGUCACAAAUUCGCAGGUGCCGACUUUGACCAGAUGCUUUGGCGUUACGAUGCUAUUACUGAUAUUCCCUGCAUUCUCUUUGUUGAGGAGCUGAUGGAUGCCUAUCCCGACGCACGCAUAGUGCUGACCACCCGCCCCGUUGAGCCCUGGUUGGCCUCCAUGCAGCGCACCUUCUACGCCAUUCUGGGCUGGAAGCGGUGGAGCCUGUUGGAGUUCAUUGAUCCUACUUACAUUGGCCUUUACAUCCCACUUCUACGAUCUGCACUGUCCGUGUGGACUGGAGGAACGUGGCAAGACAGUAGUCGUCUACAACAUGGCUUCGCUGCCCAUUAUGACCUUGUACGUACCGCCGCACAGAAGCGAGGGCGCGAGGUGCUGGAAUUUAAGGUCCAAGAUGGUUGGGAGCCCCUCUGCCAGUUUCUCAGAAAGGAAAAGGAGAAACCGAACCAUCCUUCCCCCCAUGUUAAUGAAGGGGAUUUCAUUACAAAGUUCCAUUAUAUCAUUUUUUGGAUGCGGCUGGUUGGGGUGCUCAAGCCAUGGCUGACAUGGAUCGUCUUCCCUGUAGCUGCCGUGACCGCGAGCUGGUGGUGGUACCGCUCUUAA